AUGGCGUUCAUUCCUGCGAAGGUUGCAAGAAACGAAACGAUGCAGGAGAAUCGUUUUCCAAACAACGAAUUUCAAAAUCUUUCAUUAGAUGAAAAAAAGGGGGCGAGUAGAACCACCAGCAGCAGCAGCAGCAGCGGUGACGAAGGUGACAGAUCGUCAUCGUCGUCAUCGAGCGACGAUGAAAAAUGUCCACACGAAUUCUGUGAUAACGAUUACGAUUAUGAUGUUGAUGAUGCUGUGAGAUUCGGCCGGGUACCCAAGAGAGAAAAGGCUCGGAUUCUUGCGGCCAUGCAACAAAGUACUAAUUCGAGAUCUCAAGAAAAAGCCGUGGCCGCAGAAUUGGAAGACGAGCAAAGGUUGUUGGGUACGGUUAUAAGGGCUCAUUUGGACACGUGCGAUUUUACAAAGGAUAAAAUCGAGCCGAUGAUUGCGAGAGCUCGAGAACAACCAUCGUAUACGGCUUGUCCGCCAACUUUGGCGUGUCCGUUGAAUCCAAAUCCUCAGCCAUUGUCGGGUCAACAGGAACUUCUCCAAGACUUUUCAAAAAGGUUUUCACCGGCCAUAAGAGGCGUCGUAGAGUUCGCCAAAAGAAUACCAGGUUUUUCCCUGUUACCUCAGGACGACCAAGUAACUUUACUCAAAGCCGGAGUUUUUGAAGUGUUACUAGUGCGUUUGGCUUGCAUGUUCGAUUCCCAGAGUAACAGCAUGAUUUGUUUAAAUGGUCAAGUUUUAAAAAAGGAAUCCAUUCAUAAUACUUCGAACGCGCGGUUUUUAAUGGAUUCGAUGUUUGAUUUCGCCGAAAGGAUAAAUUCCCUUGGAUUAUCCGACGCCGAAAUUGGAUUGUUUUGUUCGGUAGUGGUUAUAGCCGCCGACAGGCCCGGUCUUAGAAAUACGGAUUUAAUCGAAAGAAUGCACAAUAAACUACGAAACUCUUUACAAGCGGUAGUGACGCAAAAUCACCCGGGUCAUACUGAUAUCUGUAAUGAAUUAAUGAAGAAAAUUCCAGAUCUGAGGACACUGAACACGUUACAUUCUGAAAAAUUAUUAGCUUUUAAAAUGACUGAGCAACAACAAUUGCAGCAACAGCAGCAAUUGCAACAGCAGGAAAUGUGGACGGAAGAAGAAGUUCACAGCAAGAGUCCGGCGGGUUCAUCUUGGUCUUCGUCGAGCGACGUGACCAUGGACGAGGCCGUGAAAAGUCCAUUGGGAUCCGUGUCGAGCACGGAAUCCGUGUGCUCAGGAGAAGUGGCAGCGAUUACCGAUCAUCAGGGAGGACCCGCCAGCACGGCACCUUUGCUGGCGGCCACUCUUGCCGGUGGAAUAUGCCCUCAUCGCCAUCGUGCAAACUCCGGUUCAACUUCCGGCGACGAUGAUAUAAUGGGAAGUCAUUUAUUGCAAAACGGUUUGACAAUCACCGCCGUGAAUAAUCCAUCUAAAUCGUAUAAUCAGUCACACAGGUUUCAUAGAAAGUUAGACUCUCCUAGUGAUUCAGGUAUCGAAUCGGGUACUGAAAAAAUUGAUAAAGUUACAAACAGUGUGAACAGUGCGCCAACAUCCUUAUGUUCGAGUCCGAGGUCGUCUCUAGAGGAUAAAGAUGAAGAUAAACAGCACACUCACAUCGUAGAGGACAUGCCCGUGCUAAAGCGCGUUCUACAAGCUCCACCGCUUUACGAUACGAAUUCACUGAUGGACGAGGCGUACAAACCGCAUAAAAAAUUCAGAGCUCUUAGAAAUAAAGAUUCCGCAGAAGCUGAGCCUAUGAUCGUCGUAUCUCCCGUCCCCUCAGUUAAUUCUUCUGAACAUCACUCCUCGACUCAACUUCAUCGCCAUUUGACGGCGACAACAUCCGCACCACCUUCCCUAACCGGCUCUUCGCUAUCAUCGACGCACUCGACGCUAGCCAAAUCAUUGAUGGAAGGUCCCAGGAUGACCGCAGAGCAAGUCAAAAGACAAGAGAUAAUACACAAUUACAUCAUGAGAGGAGAUCCUCCGGCAGAAUUCAAUCAAUCAUCAUCAUCCAGUUCUUGCCCCGCGCCGAGACCAAAUAAUAAUAAUUUAUUAAACUGCGGCGGGAACUGGUCUCAACCCCAAACCGGGUACCACUAUCUUCCGACUCAACCGCAACCGAGCCGGUGGCAUUCGAACGGAGCGAGCGUGAUAACGACGUCUCGGCCCUUUUCGCUCACGCCUAACAGCACGAGUUCUCCGCCUCCGGUCCUUCAAAAGGCGUUAGAACAACCCAACGCCGAAUUUUCCAGGAUAUACCUUCAACCCCAAUCCCCUCACUUAGCAUCUUCCUCCACCUCGCCAUCUCCCAUCGCGCGAAACGUUUCACCGUCCUCGUGCUCUCCCGCAUCUCGAUCCCCGUCCGUCGCCGGCGGUCCUCAAAUGACUCUGCCAUCUCCUAAAAUGAUGGAACUUCAAGUCGACAUAGCCGAUUCGAAUCAGCAACCGUUGAACUUAUCGAAAAAAUCUCCAUCCCCCUCGCCGAGACCUUUAUCGGCUCCAUCUACGGCAGUUCAAAAAGCUUUAACUCUCGAAGCUUAA